CCUGUGCAAGAAAGCAAAGCAGGAGUAGUAUUUGGUCUCUCCCACUACUUGUUCUUGAGCUCUCCCUCUCUGCUAGCUAUUUUAUUACUCUCUUCCGUUCUCGACUGGGCGUUCCGAUUUUCCUGAAGGAUGGAUCAGUCCAUACAGAAUGACCUUAAUGCCCCUCACUCCAUGGGCACCACCAUUAUCGGCGUCACCUACAAUGGCGGCGUCGUCCUCGGCGCCGAUUCCCGAACCAGCACCGGUGUUUAUGUUGCGAACCGAGCAUCCGAUAAGAUCACUCAGCUCACUGACAAUGUCUACUUGUGUCGCUCCGGAUCGGCUGCUGAUUCUCAAAUUGUGUCUGAUUACGUGCGUCACUUUCUUCAUCAGCACACGAUACAGCUGGGCCAGCCUGCAACAGUCAAGGUUGCUGCAAACCUGAUCAGGUUGUUCUCAUACAAUAACAAGAAUAUGCUACAAACUGGCUUGAUUAUUGGUGGUUGGGACAAGUAUGAAGGAGGUAAAAUAUAUGGAGUGCCACUCGGAGGGACAAUUUUAGAGCAGCCUUUUGCUAUUGGAGGAUCCGGCUCCACUUAUCUGUAUGGUUUCUUUGAUCAAGAGUGGAAGGAAGGAAUGACCAAAGAGGAAGCUGAGCAAUUGGUGGUGAAAGCAGUUUCCCUUGCUAUUGCUCGAGAUGGUGCUAGUGGUGGUGUCGUUCGAACUGUCAUUAUAAAUUCAGAACGGGUGACAAGAAACUAUUAUCCCGGAGACGCCCUUCCGCUCUGGCACGAGGAGCUGGAACCCCAGAAUUCUAUGCUGGAUAUAUUGUCAUCAUCUUCAUCUGGUCCAGACAUGAUGAUAAGUUGAAGACUGUCGUCUCCCUUAAGACUGGGUAAUUCCCACAGAUACCAUGAAUGAUACACUCUCUGUUGAGCAAAAAUUGUACAAGUAUAACAACUGAUUUACUCGACACAGUUUCACCCUCAUUCAUUUUUCGAGGAGGGUUUUAUUAAUUUGAGUUUGACCCAUUCUAAACUAUGCAUCUAUUAAUCACAAUCCUUUGUUAAAAAGGAAACCCUUUUAUUCUAAUAUGAAUUGUAACUUGGGAAUUUGGGUGUUUGUUUGACUUUGCGGUUGCAUUGCUUAUGUACCAUUUUUUAGGGAUCAAACUACUUGUAGUUCUC